AUGGGAUUGUUAGGUAAGGCCCAGACAAAGGCCCGGGACAGGCUUGAUGAAGCCCAACAAGAUGUCCCUCACUUCGAGCAUGUUACGUGGUGGAAGGAUCCAGGACUCAGAAAGCUGUACUUCUAUGCCUUCGUUCUCUGCAUAGCUUCUGCAACAACUGGAUAUGACGGAUCAUUUUUUAAUGCUGUGCAAAAUUUUGAAUCAUGGCAGACGUACUUCAAUCAUCCCGAUGGUUCCUUUCUCGGUUUGCUAGUUGCUCUGUAUACAAUUGGCAGCCUGGUAUCUAUUCCACUGGUUCCAAUUCUAGCUGACAGGCUGGGUCGAAGACCACCGAUUGCAGUUGGAUGUUGCUUUAUGAUAGCAGGAGCGAUUAUGCAGGGAGUGUGCCAAAACAUGGCAGUUUUUGCCGCUGGCCGUGUUCUGCUUGGAUUCGGGAACUCGUUGGCUCAGCUCUGUUCUCCCAUGCUGUUAACGGAAUUAUGCCAUCCCCAGCAUCGUGGUAGGCUGACCACCGUAUACAAUUGUUUAUGGAAUGUAGGGGCUCUAACUGUGUCCUGGAUAUCAUUUGGCACCAACUAUCUCGACAAUGAUUGGUCUUGGAGAAUUCCUGCUAUUCUACAAGCGUUCCCUUCUGUCAUUCAGAUUCUUUGCAUAUGGUGGAUCCCUGAAUCUCCGCGAUACCAGAUUGCGAACGACAAGUUCGAUGAAGCGCUGAACUUCUUUGCGAAAUAUCACGCCAAUGGCAAUGUGGACCAUCCGACCGUUCAGUUUGAGUUCCGAGAAGUGCGUGACACAAUUAAGACCGAGCUUCAAAACAAAAAGACAACCAGCUACUUGGAUUUCUUCAGGACGCCUGGAAAUCGCUAUCGUCUCAUGAUUUUGAUUUCGCUGGGAUUCUUUUCCCAGUGGUCUGGAAAUGCUAUUAUCUCUAACUAUACAAACCUACUAUAUGAUGGCGUAGGCAUUCACAGCUCCACGGUCAAGUUGGGGUUGAGCGCCGGAAAUACAUCACUAGCGUUGGUGAUUUCGGUGUCCAUGGCCUUGAUGGUAGACAAAUUCGGUCGUCGGCCAACAUUCCUCGCGUCCACGGGUGGGAUGCUAGUGACUUUUAUUUUUUGGACUCUUACCUCGGCCUUGUAUGAGGAGUACCAUUUGAAGGGAGCCAAUUAUGCCAUGAUAGUAUUUAUCUGGGUAUUUACGAUCAUGUAUGCGAUGGCAUGGUCUGGCCUCCUAAUCGGUUACUCCAUUGAGAUUUUGCCGUACAAGCUCCGAGCCAAGGGUCUCAUGAUUGUAAAUCUCUGCGUCCAGGCAGCGUUGGCGCUGAAUAAUUACGCAAACCCCGUCGCAUUCAAGGCAUUUGGGAGCCAGAACUGGAAACUGUAUUUGAUCUACACGUGCUGGAUCGUAUUCGAGUUUGCAUUUGUGUAUUUUACCUAUAUAGAAACUAAGGGGCCAACUUUGGAAGAAUUGGCGAAAGUUAUUGAUGGGGAGAAUGCCGAGGUUGCCGAUUUGGAUAUGCAGCAGAUUGAAAAGGAAUUGCAAAUUACAAGAGCUCCAUACCAACAGACAUAG